CUCGGGCAAGUCCGCGGCCACCAACAGCAGUUCCACCUCUACAAACAAUUUAUUAUCUCCUUUUUGCGCCUUUAAUUCCAUGUUAACUGCAACCUGAGAGACGUAUAAAAUUGGCCCAGUCCCUUGUGGACGUGACCAGGGCCCCCCCGGGUCGGGACCAGCCCGUAUCUGGGCUUAGGCGGCGCGGACAUGUCGUGUGAGGAGAGCUACUUGGCUAUCAUCCGCUACCUGACGGAUGAACGGGAGCCGUACGCGCCGGGGACGCCCGGCAACACCAAGAGGAAGAUCCGCAAGGCGGCCGCCUGCUACGUGGUCCGCAGCGGGACCCUGUUCUACCAGCGGCGGCUGAAGGGGCAGAACGACUUCACGGAGCUGGAGGUGGUGCUGCGGGACGAGCGGAGACAGGAACUGAUCAGCGAUGCUCACAUACUGACGGGGGGGGAGCACCUGAACCAGCAGCUCACCUGGGAGCUCAUCUCGCACAAGUACUGGUGGAGAGGUAUCCUGAAGAAUGUGAAAGACCACAUCAGAGAAUGUGCCCAGUGUCAGAGCAAGCGCAGUGCCGACGACGGCUCUGGAGGCCGCCUGUUCUCCAGACCGGGCAGACGUAGGGCUGCUCCCAAUAUGAAUGAGGAAGAAGAAGAGGAGGAGGAGGAGGAAGAUGAAGAAGAAGGGGGAGGAGGAGAUGAAAGUUCAUUUGGUGCAGAUUCAGUUGUCCAGCAGAGAUUCAGGAUGGCCAAGGGAUCAACCAAGCAUCAAGUGAUCUUUGUUGACAGCAAGGGUGAGGUGAACCAGUUCCUGCCCAAACACAGCCAGACAAUGCUGGACAAACUUAACCAACAGCGUCUCUCCAAUCAGUUCUGUGACAUCACGCUGCUGAUCGAGGGCGAGGAGUACCGCGCCCACAAAGCCGUCCUGGCCGCCUGUAGCGAAUACUUCAACGAGCUGUUCUUUGAGAAGGGGGCGGCGGCCACGCAUGAAGCCGUGGUGGACCUCACUGGCUUCGUCAAGCCCAGCUUCCUCCCGCUGCUGGAUUUUGCGUACACCUCCAAGCUCACGUUCAACUUCUGCAUCAUGGCAGACAUCGCCAACCUGGCCAGACACUUGCUGAUGAACGAGGUGUUGCAGAUCUGCGAGAACGUGCACAAGCAGGUGGAGGAGCAGAAACUGACGGUGUAUCAAAGAGGGGACGUGCACACGCUGAUGGCCAACCAGCCGGCUCUCCAGGAGGCUUCCAAGGUGGAUGGUGCAGAGGUCUACAUGGUGACCAUACAGGGCGACGACAAGGCGGUGGUAGCAAACGAGCCUCUGACUUUUGUGGCGCCUUCUAAAGAAGGCUACGUCCAGCAGCCGCUGACCGUCGUCACGCAGACGGUGGAGGGGGAGGCGGUGCACGUGGGCGAAGCCGGACAAACCGAGACUGUAGCUCUGAUCACUCACAGCAGCCAGGUGGAGCCAGGAGAGACCGUCACGCUCAUCUCCGGCGGUGCUGAGGGGAUGGAGGGCGAGACCAUGACGGUAGUCACCCACAGCGGCCAGUCGGGGGCCAGCGAGUCCCUGGCCGUGGUGUCGGCCUGUCUGGCCAUGGAGCAGCCGCAGGUCACCGAGGACGGAGCCUUCGUCAUCAACAUGGACACCACGGACAAGCCGGGCCCCCCAGAGGUCGCUGCUCCAGAGCCUGAAGCGACUCUGCACCGGGACGCCACCACAGAGACCCAGAGCACUCCUGAAAUCCCGGCGGCGCCCCCGAAACGCAAGCGAGGCCGCCCCGCCAAGGUGAAGAAGGAGGUGGUGGAGAGGGAGGAGCCGCCGCCGGAGCCGGAGGAUCCGUCCGCUGACGAAGGCUACGCAGACAAGCAGGGGCUGGCGGGGGACGACACCAGCAGGAGGAGACUGCGGCAGCGCUCCAUGGCCGAGGGCGGCUACGCCCGUCUGCACAUGGGGCUGGAAGAAGACGAGGAAGGAAAGAAAACGCCCCCACAAACAGCCCCCCCUGCCGCCGCCACCACCGCCACCAAGGUGGUGCCACGGCACGGGAAGAGGGGGAGACCCCCGAAGCAGCCAGCAGAGACCCAGGUGAAGCCGCAGAGCGCGUGCGACUCUGCGGCGGAGGCCAGCGUCGUCACGGACAACACGGCAGCGACGGCAGAGAUCAGCACCCAGGAUGCUGGGACGACGCCGGCAGAGCCGGAGGCCGAGACCAAGCCGCCCCAGGCCUCGACGGGGACCGCCGGAGAAGGGGAGCACACCUGCUCCGAGUGCGGCAUGUCCUUCAACAGACGCUACUCCCUCAUCAUGCACACGCUGAAGCACGAGAAAGCUCGUGCGUACAAGUGCAGCCUCUGCAGUAAGGAGUUCCAGUACGCCGCCUCCCUGCAGGCCCACCUGGCCCGACACAAGCAGCAGAGGAGCCAGCGAGUCCCCUCCGCCAAACCCCCCGGCGAGUACGGCUCCGAGGCCCGGGCGGAGGGAGGCCUGGACGACAAGAGCGCCGCGCUGCUCACCAAGAGAGAGUUCGUGUGCGACAUCUGCGGGAAGACGUUACCCAAGCUGUACUCCCUGAGGAUCCACAUGCUGAACCACACCGGCGUGCGGCCUCACUCCUGCAAGGUGUGCGGCAAGACCUUCGCCCACAAACACAGCCUGAAGAUGCACAAAGCCCUGCACGACGUCACCAAGCAGUUCCAGUGCGAGUACUGCAAGAAGUCGUUUGUGAGCAAGCGCAGCAUGGAGGAGCACACCAGCAUCCACACAGGUGAGUCCAAGUACCUGUGCAACACCUGUGGAGCCACCUUCCAUCGAGCCUCUGCGCUGAGCAAACACCUGAAGAAGCAUCAGCCCCGGCCCGAAGUCCGCCCGUUCUCCUGCACUCACUGUGAUAAGAGCUUUUACGAAGCCAAGGACCUGCAGCAGCACAUGAACAAGCACAUGGGCCUGAAGCCGUUCCAGUGCCAGGUGUGCGGGAAGUGCUACAGCUGGAAGAAGGACUGGUACUCGCACGUCAAGUCCCACAGCGUGGCCGAGCCCUACAAGUGCAACGUCUGUGGGAAAGAGUUCUUUGAGAAGGCUCUGUACAGGAGACACGUGAAGAAAGCCACGCACGGCAAGAAGGGCAGAGUGAAGCAGAACCUGGAGAGGGAGUGUGAGCACUGCGGCCGGAAGUUCACGCAGCUCCGAGAGUACAGACGCCACAUCAACAACCACCAGGGAGUGAAACCCUUUGAAUGUCUGACGUGCGGCGUGGCCUGGGCCGACGCCCGCUCCCUCAAACGCCACGUCCGCACCCACACGGGCGAGCGGCCGUACGUGUGCCCCAUGUGCCAGGAGGCCCACAUCGACGCGCGGACCCUCCGCAAGCACAUGGCCAAGUACCACGUGGACAGCCUGCCGGGGAAGAUCAUGCUGGAGAAGGACACGCUGCAGUUCCACAACCAGGGCACGCAGGUGGAGCACGCCGUCAGCAUCCUGACGUCAGACCUGCCGCCCGAGCUCCGGCCCGCCCAGCCGCAGCCCGCCGAGGAGAUCGAGACGGUGCUGAUCACGGAGGAGACGGUGGAGGCGGUGGAGGCCGUCCAGGCCGUGCAGGCGGUGAGCGACGGCAGCAUGGCCACGCUCUCGGACCAGGGCAUCAUGCAGGUGGUGAACUACGUCCUGGCCCAGCAGGGGCUCACGGAGGCCAAGCCUGAGGACGCUGCCGAGGGGAUUCAGACCAUGGAGGUGGAGGUGGCCGAGGUGGCUCACGUGGCCGAGGUGGCUCACGUGGCCGAGGUGGCAGAGGUGGAGUGAUGCUGAGGACUGACAGACUCACCGUCUCUUCCCAGGCUGUAUAAAAUGUAUAAAUACUGAAUGAAACCUGCCUAUUUUUAUUGAGGUGUACAUAAGUGAUCCUGUCUGUUUAGCCCAGAACUGUUGUUCCUCUUUCAGACACAGUUCUAUGUAAAUAAACAGGAGCAUGAAGGCACAGUGUGAAUAAGCUUGAUUUGAUUUAACGUAUCUUGUUUUUAAAAAAAAAAACUUUUGAGACUAGAAAAAAACCUCAUUUUCUUUACUUUGCUUAAACGGCUAGCAGAAUUAAGAUGUUUUGUUGAUGUCACUGUCAUCGCUACAAUGCACCGUAAAUGUCUGCAGGACGGUGUCGCAAUAAAACAAGGACAAAGCUCAAA